GGGACUUGAUAAUAUGGGUAAAUGUAGUAACCACAUUGUUUUUUCAUGUGAAACCUUCAUAAGAGUGUAUAUCAAUCAUACCUUAAUAAAAAAAAAAAUCCAGACUGGAAGGGGUGGAGUGGGAUGUGGAGCAGAAUCCUAGAGAUGGAGAGAAGUCGAUGGUGAGAAGUGAGGUUUGGGAGAGGCAGCAUACAGGGAGGCAGGAGAGAGGCCCAGAAAGGGAGAUGAGGAGGGGGAAGGCAGAUUCAACCUGAAAAUCCCUCUUCUGGCAUGAGGACUGGCUCAGAGGUUUAGAAACAUUUCCCUUAAUACAGCCAGAGCAUCUCUGAGCAUCUCCCCCACCUAUCUGAUCCCCACUCUUUCUAGGGUAGAAUGAUAGAGAGAGGGAAAGCGAGAGAGAAGAGAUGGAAACCAGAACCCACUUCCCCCUUUGGUCAUUUACUUGUUGAGAUAGUCGAGGGCCUUCAUUAUUUUCCAUCUAAAUAUUUUUAGGAUUAAUUCAUAAGAAGAUAAAUGUACAGUGACAAUCCUUAAUGUUUUGCAUCUGAAAACCUCUGUGUAUCUGUUGUUUCAAAUGACAUCCCUGGGUGCUCAGACAAGGAACUAACACCCCUUUUCACAAAGGAGGAAAGUGAUCCCGCAAGGCUCAGCGCCCAGCAAGCCCCACAGCAGAGCUGGGCCGUCCCUCCCAGUAGGCCAGAGCUGUGUGCCCGCUGCAGAGCAGGCACUCUCCAAGCAUUCCGUGGGGUCUUCCAACAACUGUCACAGGCAUCCUGAGUGACCUAAGUGCCCCCAGCUAGUAGGUGACACAGCCAAGAUGGAACUUGAGUCUUUUUUACUCCAAAACUCAAGCAGACUCUAUUACACUGGCUUCCUGAAUUAACAGAUUCUCCAGGAACCUUUUCUCUGGUUAAGGGCUGCUUCACACACACACAUACGCACACACACACCCCUCUCUACCACCAGUCUCUGAGGCUGGAGCUGGGUUUGAAGCCCAUUUUUCACUUAUACUCUUCCCCUGCUCGUAGCACCAAAGCUGGGUUCAGGCUCUGCUGCUUCCAGAAAGGUUGAUAUUUGUGAGUAAAGGUGUGCAUAUGUAGGAGGUUAAGUACCCAAUCCCUGCCUCCAUAAACCUUCUGGAUUUGAUCCCCUUCCCUGGCCACUCCAUCCACUAGCAACACAAGGCAGGUAGGAUAAUAAAUAACACCAACCUAUAGAUGAACAACGUUGUAGUUCAUCUCAUACAUUUCUCAUCCAUUAAUCAGUCUGGCCCUGAUACCAGCUCUGUGAAGAAGGAAAUGAGUAAUACCUUUCUAGUUCUACAGGCAAGGAAACUGAGGCCCAGAGAGGUUAGGGAAGGUUUCCAGGGUUAGAGGAAGAGGUAGACCCUAGGCUUGAGCCCAGCAUUAUAAAUCCCCAAGACUAGGGCCCUCUCUAGUAAGCCACCUUGCCUUCACAGGGCUCGGAACCCAGUGAGGAUUAGUUGGAUUCUAUAUUUUAUUUCUGCUUGCCUCAGCAUAGGGGGAAGAGAUGGAGGACUGAGCAAAUGGUAACCAGAGACCUUUGUUGGUAGGGUGGGAGGGAUGAGGGUGGUUAGCAGAGGGCCAGAUAAGGAUGCUGGAAUCCUGGGAAGGAGAGGAGAAAGAAACCAGAGAAAAAAGCGAGCCAGCUUAGGAAUUGUCCUUGGGGCCCACUGAAACUGAUGGCUAAGGUGGGAAAGUGCCUUUUACCUGCCCAGAGCCCAGGAGAGAAAGGUACUUUACAGAUAUUUGCUAGGAGGCUUGGGAAAAAUAUGUCCCUCCUCCCCAAGGCGGUGGCAGGGGGGGGCCUGCCCAGUUGCCCUGGUAGUGGCCACAUUGUGAGGUGAUUCUGGUUACAGGCAGUGGGGUUGGGUGAGAGGAGACAGAGGCGGUGGGAGCAGUGACAGAAUCCUGAGCUCUGCUGUCCCCAUCCCCUGCCUGGGGCUUCUGCCUCCCCCACCAUCAUGGGAAGUGCUUACCACUGGGAGGCCCGUCGUAGGCAGAUGGCUUUGGACAGGAGGUGGCUGAUGGCCCAGCAGCAGCAACGGCAGGAAGAGCAGGAAAUGAAGAAUCUCCAAGAGAAGGAAGUUCAGUCUGAGAGAAAUCCCCAGACAUCCCGGGAGUUGCAGCAGAAGCAGAAGCCACCACCGGCCAAACCACAGCUGCCAUCCCCAUCCGCGGAACCGCAGCCGCCCACUGCGCAGCCAGUCGAGCAGCAGCAGCUGCAGCUUUGUGCGCAGCUGUGGCAGCAAAAUGCCGAAGACACUCUUACUCAGUGCGCCUCCAAAGCUGUUCGGCAGGAUUCCGAAAGGCCAGGUCCCCAGCGUGGCUCAAUGGGAACCCACCAAGUUGGAGGGCAAUCCGAUGACCUUAGCAACAAAUUGCAAGGAGGGCUGAAGAUCCAAGACCCUGAUUUCAGGAAAUCGUACCAGUCUAGCCCAGAUAAAUACACCCAGCCAGCACGAUUCACGUCAAGGAAUUACACACAGCAGUGGUGAUCCAGAGUCCCCAAGACACCAUUGGCCAUCAACAAAAAACUGAGCAACACUACCUUCUCAUCACCUAGCAACAUCUCCACUCCAAGAGCCACCCUCUGCUGACCCAC